UUAAGCGGCCAUACCAAAUGGGUAAAGGGCGUGGCGUAUUCACCUAGCGGCCAGCAGAUCGCCUCGCACAGUGACGACAAGACGGUGCGGCUAUGGGACGCGCAAGCCGUCGCAUCCGGUCCCAUCUUAAGCGGCCAUACCGACGAUGUUGAAAGCGUGGCGUAUUCGCCCAACGGCCAACAGAUUGUCUCUCGUAGUGCCGACAACACGGUACGGCUAUGGGACGCGCAAACCGGCACACCCGGUCCCAUCUUAAGUGGCCAUACCGAUUGGAUAUGGGGCGUGGUAUAUUCACCCAGCGGCCAGCAGAUUGCCUCCUGCAGUAGCGACAAGACGGUGCGGCUGUGGGACGCACAAACCGGCACACCCGGUCCCAUUCUAAGCGGCCAUACCGACGAUGUUAUGAGCGUAGCGUAUUCGCCCAGCGGUCAGCAGAUUGCCUCCUGCAGUGACGACAAGACGAUACGGCUAUGGAACGCGCAAACCGGCACACCUGGUCCCAUCUUAAGUGGCCAUACCAAUUGGGUAUGGGGCGUGACGUAUUCGCCUAGUGGCCAGCAGAUUGCCUCCUGCAGUCGCGAUAAGACGGUACGGCUGUGGGACGCACAAACCGGCACACCCGGCCCCAUCUUAAGCGGUCAUACCGACAAUGUUAUGAGCGUAGCGUAUUCGCCCAGCGGCCAGCAGAUUGCCUCCUGCAGUGACGACAAGACGGUACGGAUCUGGAACGCGGAAACCGGCGCACCAGGUCCCAUCCUAAGCGGCCAUGUUGAUUGGGUAUGGGGCGUGGCGUAUUCACCCAGCGGCCAGCAGAUUGCCUCCUGCAGUCGUGACAAGACGGUACGGCUGUGGGACGCACAAACCGGCACACCCGGCCCCAUCUUAAGCGGCCAUACCGACAAUGUUAUGAGCGUAGCGUAUUCGCCCAGCGGCCAGCAGAUUGCCUCCUGCAGUGACGAUAAGACGGUGCGGCUGUGGGAUGUGAAUUCGGGUCAAUGCUUGGCAUUUGUCGAAGGUUUCCAUGCAUCAGUCAGAGCCAUCGCCUGGAACAAGAUCUUCAACGGGCCCUAUUUCGUAACCGGCUGCGGGGAUAUGUCUGUUCGCACGUGGCGAGUCACAAAAGAGAAAGAUCACUUUCAGGUGCGUCUACAUUGGAGUUCGAUGCGUGACAGACUUGUUGUUUCGAAUACCUCUAUCCGAAACGCGCAGGGUUUGAGCAGGAUAAAUAUGCGGCUAUUAGAGCAGCGCGGCGCUGUGGUCGAGUCGACCCCACGUCCGAAUUUCCGCGAGGCAAUCAAGAAGCUUAUCGGCAUGGCGUACGUGGCAUCUAAACUCAAGUUAUCGUCAAAGCACGACACAUUGGAUACCUUCCGCACUACAGAUUCUCCCGCUGUACAGUCAGCAAAUCCGGUCGACUCGGCGAAUGUCUCCCCGCAAUUACGAGUGCAGUACAAGCUAGCGGUGAUGCAAUGGCUCCUGCGUAUUGUCGUCAUUUUUUUAUUAUUGUUAUUGUUAUCGUUUAUAGUUGAGGACCAGAUCGAGGCAGGGCUGCAGCGUUUGCUGUGCGGCUCUCACGCAGCCUUUUAAGGGAAAUUUAUUCAACCGUGGGUGGUCCACAAGCUUCCAAAUGCAGAAAAAGAUGUCUCCUGGAUCCGUAGGAGGGUUCACCCAGAUGCCGAGGGGGAG